AUUGGCUGCGAAAGUGCGGGAGGCGUGUCCCUGGACGCUGGCGGAGCUGGAGAGUGUGUUUUGUGACGAGUUGAAAAUGGCGGAAAGGCUGAGGCGAGUUCAACUUUAACGGGUAACAAAAAAUAAUCUCGCAAGGCAGUUUCGCGAAUCUAAAAAACAACAAAAAACAAUGAAAUAAAUAAAAAUAAUAACACGAAAUAAAGCUUCUCGAAGGGUCUCGCAAACAACACAAGAAACCCCGACUCACGGAAACGGGAGAGGAAGAAAGCCGAAGCGGAGAGAGACGAACAUUUACGAAAAAAAAAUAAUAUAAAUAAAUAUAUUUAAAACCGACUCAACCCCCUCUUUUUUUUUUUUUUUUUAAAUGCCGUUUUCCGUGGAUAUUUUCAAAUGCCUCUCUGUGUAAUUCACACACAGAUACAGGGACGCGAACAGAAGGGAAAACACUCUCUCUACACUUCGACGGCGGGGCACAGAUGAAGUAUUAUUAAUAUUAAAAUAACGAUGGAGCCAGAAGGGGCGAAAGUGCGCUACAGCAAGAGACUGCGUUCUGGCACCAGGAGGCGCUAUCAGGACGAUGGAAUCUCGGACGACGAGAUCGAGGGCAAGAGGACCUUUGACCUGGAAGAGAAACUGAUCAGCAGCAACUACAACGCCAACUUCGUCAAGGUCAUGGAGGGCAAAGAUUUGACCUUCGAGUACAUUCAGAGGGAAGGGCUCCGCGAUCCCUUGAUAUUCAUGAAGCCCGACGGACUUGGAAUCAAGAUGCCAGACUCUGACUUUGGUGUGAAUGAUGUCAAGCACUUUGUUGGGAGCCGCCGGAUGAUCGAUGUCAUGGAUGUCUCCACUCAGAAGGGGAUCGAGAUGUCCAUGAGCCAGUGGCGCCGGUACUACGAGACCCCCCCAGAGGACAGGGAGAAGCUCUACAACGUGAUCAGCCUGGAGUUCAGCCACACGCGGCUGGAGAACCUGGUGAAGAGACCGGCUAGCGUGGACCUGAUAGACUGGGUGGAUAACAUGUGGCCGCGACACCUGAAGGACAGACAGAGGGACUCGACCAACGCCAUCUUCGACAUGAAGUACCCGAAAGUGCAGAAGUAUUGCUUGAUGAGUGUGCAGGGCUGCUACACAGACUUCCACAUCGACUUCGGGGGUACCUCCGUCUGGUACCACAUUCACAAGGGCGGAAAGGUUUUCUGGGUGAUCCCUCCCACCCCUCAGAAUUUGGAGCUGUACGAAAACUGGGUGCUGUCGGGAAAGCAGGGAGACAUUUUCCUGGGAGACAAGGUCUCGGGGUGCCAGCGCAUCGAGCUGAAACAGGGGUACACCUUCAUGAUCCCAUCGG